AUGGGAAAUCUUCUACGUAAACAAGGUGAAUUUUACAAAACGUUAGAUGAUGAUUUAUUAGCACGUUGUCGUGCUAUAACAGGAUUUAGUGAUGAUGAAAUUCGUAAUGAACAUAUAAAAUUUUUUGAAGUUGCUGGAAAUGGUCGUUUAAAAAAACUGUGCAUGGAAGAAUUAUUAGGUGAUUACAUUCCAACAGGAAAACAUAGACACAUUAAAUAUUUAACAGAUUGUAUUUUCUCGGCAAUUGAUACAAAUAAUGAUGAUUAUAUUGACUUUCUUGAAUAUUUAACGAGUAUAAAAUUUUUUCAAACAGAAUCUCCGAUUGAAAAAGCUGAUUUUGUAUUUCGUAUUAUUGAUAAAAAUGGUGAUAAACAAGUUACAAAAAAAGAAAUUCAACGUAUACUUAAAUGUUUAGAAGAAUAUCAUAAAACAUCAUCGAAUAUUUCUGUUACAAAUGCUAUGAUUAAUGGUUCAGAACCAGCAGCAAAUCUCGUUAUUGAAAAAUUAGAUGAAGAUCAUUCAGGACGUAUUGGUGUUUCAGAAUUUGUUGAUGGUUGGCUUAAAGAUGAAACAAUACGAGCAUUAUUUACAUUCUAG